GAGGAGAAGGAGAGGAGGAGGGGAGAAGGAGAGGAGAGGAGAGGAGGAGGAGAGGAGGAGAGGAGAAGGAGUGGAGGAGGAGAGGAGGAGAGAAGGAGAGAAGGAGAGGAGGAGGAGGAGGAGGAGAGAAGGAGGAGAGGAGAAGAGGAGGAGGAGAGAAGAGGAGGAGGAGGAGUGAGGAGGAGGAGGAGGAGGAAUGAGGAGGAGGAGGAGGAGUGAGGAGGAGGAGAGAAGAAGAGGAGGAGUGAGGAGGAGGAGAGAGGAGGAUGGUGAACGGAGAGAGAAAAAAUAAAGACUACGCCACAGAGAGAUCAUGUGAUCAAAGUAUCACUUCCUGAAAAUAAAGAAAGAAAAAAAGAGAGAGAGACUGAAGACCCUGACCUCUUAAAGAGCAAGGAAAACAUUACAAUCUCUGCUUUUAAUUCCUCAGAUCAGUUAAUGAUGGGAACAUGAACAUUGCCCUUAGAGGAGAGGCUCAGUUGACUUAGAAAAUAACCUGCAGCAGAAACUUUUAUUUGUUUUCUUUAUAUUAUAUAUUGGUGUUGUUGUUUCUUUAGUAUAUCAACCCUAAAGUCGUAGUUCUAUCUAUUUAAUGUUUAUUUUGUACCUAGUCAGGUCAGGGAUUCGAACCAGAAAUAUUUUGGUUAUUUUGGUUACUGGCCCAAUGCUAUUAACCGCUAGGCUUCUGCCGCCUCUGUUCUGUUCUGUUCUGCUCUGCUCUGUUCUGUUCUGAAGUCAUGGUACUGAUGAGGAAAAUGUCUUAAUCAAAUUAGCAUUUUAUAUCAACCACCCAACUUCCUUUUUGAUAUAACUCCCAUUGGCUUCCUUGAACAGCAACAAAUUAGAUUUAUUUUAGUUAAGUAACCAAAGCAGUCUGAUUUCACUGCUAAUGAAAAGCUAACAGGCUAACAUAUCACACCACUUCAAUGGAGAUCUCAUGUCUUUGAGCUAGCAGCUGAUCCACUCUAUAGGUUUCAUUAGAGGAACAGCAUCUGUUCAGCUGUUUCUUUUAGGUGUGUGUGUGUGUGUGUGUGUGUGUGUGUGUGUGUGGGCGUGUGUUGUGUGUGUGUGUGUGUGUGUGUGGGCGUGUGUAUGUGUUGGUGUGUGUGUGUGUGUGGUGUAUGUGUGUGUGUGUGUGUUGGCGUGUGUGUGUGUGUGUGUGUGUGUGUGUGUGUGUAUGUGUGUGUGUGUGUGUGUGUGUGUGUUGUGUGUGUGUGUGUGUGUGUGUGUGUGUGUGUGUGUGUUGUGUGUGUGUGUGUGUUGUGUGUGUGUGUGUGUAUGUGUGUGUUGUCGUUAUUAGUUUUACCAGACUUGGUCUGUCUAAUCAUAAGCAGCAUGUUUCCCAUAGCACAGCAGACCAGACCUCAACACCCCCCAAACCACCAGCGGAAACCUUCUUUCUGGUAGCAGCUCCCAGUCCCACAGUUAUAAAACAAACCACUUCAUCUGUAUAGAAUUGAGUUGUGAAUUAAAAAUGUUUCUCUUCAUCUAGUGUUGGUUAAUAUCAUAAACUACUGUGUCUUAGACUGGCGCCUCGUGAUUUUUCUGUAGGGGUUAGUAUGAUGGGGGCGGCAGGUAGCUUAGUGGUUAAGAGCGUUGUGCCAGCAACCGAAAGGUCUCUGUAAGUCCCUCUGGAUAAGAGCGUCCGCUAAAUGACUAAAAUGUCAAAUGUAAAAUGGUGAUGUUCUAAGAGUCUAACGGCAUCCCAAAUGGCGCCCUAUUCCGUUUGGACCUAAUGGAUCCUGGUCAAAGGUAGUAAACAGUUUACUCCAUGUGGUACAAACACUGGAAAACGCUAUAUAAAAACACGAGUUGAUUAAAUUGGUUUCCAAUUAAAUCCUGCGUUUGUUGUUUAAAUUAAUUUGUUUUAUUGACAUCUUGUUAUUUUAUUUGAAAGCACAUUUAUGUCUAUUUUAACUUCUAUUUGAAGAAAUUGUGAAAUAUUUACAGAAUGUGCAGCUAAAUUAAUAAAUAUAAAUUGAAUUUGAACACACACACACUGUCACGCCCUGGCUCUGGGACUCUGUUAUGUUGAGCCAGGGUGUGUGGUUUCUAUGUGUUUUGUGUGCUAGGGUGAUUAUCUAGUUAAUUUGUUUCUAUGUUGGCCGGUGUGGUUCUCAAUCAGAGGCAACGUUUAUCAGCUGUUGCUCGUUGUCUCUGAUUGGGAACCAUACUUAGGCAGCCUGUUUUCCACAGUGUGUUGUGGGAUCUUGUUCCGUGUUUGGUUAGUGUCUAUUGCCAAGGACGUCACGUAUCGUUUUGUUGUUUUGUUGUUUUGUUCGUGUGAUCAUUAAAAAAUAAAAGUAUGUUCGCAUUCCACGCUGCGCCUUGGUCCUCUGUGUUCGACGAUCGUGACAGAAGAUCCCACCAUAACUGGACCAAGCAGCGUGUCCAGGAGCCAACGCCAGAGGUGACUCUGAUGGAUGUCCACUUCGACUGGGUCAAGCAGCGUGUCCAGGAGCCAACGCCAGAGAGGGCUCUAAAGGAUAUCAACCUCGACUGGGUCAAGCCGCGGGAGGAGGAGAGAGGCUGGACUUGGGAGCAGAGGAGCGAGAGUCUGGCGAGAGCCAUGGAGGCCUGGCCCACGGGGAGGAGAGACGCCCAGAAAUUUUUUAGGGGGGGGGGCUCACGCCGUGGACGACGGGGCAGCAGGAGGCCGGGAUAGAGUGGUUCAGCGGGUUGGCAAAGGAGGCCGCCAGGUUACGGGAGUCACUGGUCACCAGGGGGAAGGAGAAUGUAGAGGCACGGCGAGAGGUACUGGGGUGUGUUGCCAGUCCGGUCCGGCCCGUUCCUGAUCCCCGCGUAGGGCCAGUGGUGUGUGUCCCCAGUACGGUCCGGCUUGUUCCUGUCCCUCGCACCGAGGCUGUGGUGCGCGUCGCCAGCCCGGUCCAGCAUGUUCCUGCCCCUCGCACCAAGCCUGUGGUGCGCGUCGUCAGCCCGGUUCGGCCCGUCCCUGCUCCCCGCACCAAGCCUGUGGUGCGCGUCGUCAGUCCGGCACAGCCCAUGCCUGUUCCACCGGUGCCUGGUCCGGCACCGGUCAGCUGCUCCAUUCCGGAGCAAGAGCAAUCCUCUCCACCAGUGUUCAGUCCAGCUCCGGCCAGCAGGGCCAGACCGGACCAGGGGCGCAACGGGGGGUUUGUUGGAGGGUGGGGGUCAAGCCCGGAGCCGGAACCGCCUCCGAGGAGGAAUGCCCACCCGGCCCUCCCCUGUUCGGUUUAUGUUUGGCGCGGUCGCAGUCCGCGCCUUUGGGGGGGGGUACUGUCACGCCCUGGCUCUGGGACUCUGUUAUGUUGAGCCAGGGUGUGUGGUUUCUAUGUGUUUUGUGUGCUAGGGUGAUUAUCUAGUUUAUUUGUUUCUAUGUUGGCCGGUGUGGUUCUCAAUCAGAGGCAACGUUUAUCAGCUGUUGCUUGUUGUCUCUGAUUGGGAACCAUACUUAGGCAGCCUGUUUUCCACAGUGUGUUGUGGGAUCUUGUUCCGUGUUUGGUUAGUGUCUAUUGCCAAGGACGUCACGUAUCGUUUUGUUGUUUUGUUCGUGUGAUCAUUAAAAAAUAAAAGUAUGUUCGCAUUCCACGCUGCGCCUUGGUCCUCUGUGUUCGACGAUCGUGACACACACACACACACACACAUACACACACACAUACAAUGAGUGAGAGAGAGCAAAAGAGAAAGAAAGAGAGUGUGAGAGAGAGGCAGACAGACAGAGGCAGACAGAGUUCCCCCAAAAUAGAGUAGUCUGUCAUAAACACACUACCCUCUCCCACCCUCCUCCCAGGUCCCAUGGGUCAACGUUUUCAUUUUGGAGCCUUUCUAUGUGAUUGGAAAAAAAAUAAAAAAUCAUGAAGCGAGUAGGAGGCAGUUCAACAGUGUUCAGCAGUAUUGGAACGAAGCCGAGAUGUCGACACAGAGGAUAGAAUAGACGCCGGAAGGGAGCAAUGAAGAGGUAAUUGUGGACUGUGAGGUCGAGGAUAGAAUGUGGUCCUCUGUAGCUCAGCUGGUAGAGCAUGGCGCUUGUAACGCCAGGGUAGUGGGUUCGAUCCCCGGGUGUCACGCCCUGGCUCUGGGGACUCUAGUAUGUUGAGCCAGGGUGUGAGUUUUCAUUUGUGUUUGUUCUAGUUGUUGUAUUUCUAUGUUGGCCAGGGUGGCUCCCAAUCAGAGACGGCUGUAGCUCGUUGUCUCUGAUUGGGAGCCAUACUUAAGUAGCCGUUAGGCAUUCAUUUGGUGUGGUUUCUUGUUCCGUGUUGGUUGUGAAUUAACCAGGGACGUCACGUUUUCGUUUUGUUGUUUUGUUCGUGUGAUCAUUCAAAUUAAAUAAAUAUGUUCGCAUUCCACGCUGCGCCUUGGUCCUCCUCUGUUCCCGACGAUCGUGACACCGGGACCACCCAUACGUAAAAAUGUAUGCACACAUGACUGUAAGUCGCUUUGGAUAAAAGCGUCUGCUAAACGGCAUAUUAUUAUUAUUAUUAUAUUAUAUUAGAAUAGACGCCGGAAGGGAAAGGAGGGGGGGGAAAAGGGGGCCGAGGGGGGAGGAAAAAGGGGGGAAAGAAAUUUGGGUUAUUUCUUAAAAAAAUCGGGGAGGGGAAAGGGGGAAUUGAAGGGGGGAAAGGGGAAAAGAAGGGUCUAAAAAGGGGGAAAAAAGGAAAGGGGAACGAAGACAAACCAAAAGGGGGUGAAAGGGGAGCGGGUUUUGGGGGGGUUAAAGAAGGGGGUUGGGGGGGGGGGAAAGGGGGCCCUUAGGGGGGGGGGGAAGGGGAAAAAGGGGAAGAAAAUUGGGGGGGGGAAGUAUGGGAAGGUUUGGUGGGGGUUGGUAAAGGGAAAAGGGGGGGGGUAGGUGGGGUAAAGAAAUCGGGGGGGAAUUUGGUAAAAGUAUCGGAGGGGGUGGGUGUGGGGGAAGUACGGGAGGUGGUAGGUGUGGUAAAAGAAAUCGGGGGUGGUGGUGGGGGGGGGUUGGGGGGAAUUUAAAUCGGAGGGAAGGUGGGUGAAGUAUCGGAGGUUUGGUGGGGGUUGGGGUUUGAAGUAGGAGGGGGGUUUUGUGGGGAAGUAUCGGGGUGGAAAGGUGGGGGUGAAUUUCGGGGGGUGGAAGGUGGGGGUAAAGCCCGGAAGGUGGUAGGUGGGGGGAAAAGUAUAGGUUUUGGGGGUUGGGGGGGGAAAGUAUGGGGAGGCCCCGGGGUUGGGGGGGGGUUAGGGGGGAAGUUCGGAGGGGGGGUUUAGGUGUGGGGGAGAAAGGGCGGAGGGGGUAUUUUUGGGGUGAAGAAAUUCGGAGGUUUUUGGGUUUUGGGUUUAAGUAGGGGGGGGGUUUAAGGUGGGGUUGAAAUUAUUCGGAGGGUAGGUUGGGUGGGAAGAAAAUUUUUCCCCGGGGGGUGGUUUUGGGGAAAAAAUACCCCGGGGUUUGGUGGGGGGGGGAAAGGGUUUAAUUUCGGGGGUGGAGGUGGGGAAAGGGAAGGAUGGUGGGGUGGUACCCCCCGGGUGGGGGGGGGAAAGGGGGGAGGGGGAAUUCCCGGGUGGGGUUUUGGGUAAGAUUGGGGGUUUGGAGGGGGGGGAAGUAUCGGGGGGGGGGGUAGGGGGGGGGAAAGUUUUGGGGGGGGAAAAGGUGUGGUAAGGAUCGGAAGGGGGUAGGUUGUGGAUGAAUUUCGGAGUGGUAGGUGUGGUAGUACCGGGGGUGGUGGGUGUGGUGAAGAAAUGGGAGGUGGUCGGUUGUUUUUAUUCGGGGGGUUAGGUUGGGGGGAAAGUAUCGGGGGGUGGUAGGUAAUGUGGUGAAGUUUGGGGGGGUUGGUUGGGGUUAAGUAAAAGGGGGUGGUGGGUUGGGGUUGAAGUAUCGGGGGUUUGGAAAAGUUUUGGUUUGACUUAGGGAGGUGGAAGGUUUGGGAAUUAUCGGGGGUUGGGUUUUGGUUUGAAGUACGGAGGUGGUGGGUUGUGGGGGGUUACGGAGGUGGUAGGGGGGUGAAUUUUUUGGAGGUGGAGGGGGUGGGGGGGGAAGUAUGAGGUGGUGGGGUUGGGGUGAAAUUAUCGGGGGGGUAGGUGGGUUUAAAGUAUCGGAGGGUGGGUGUGGUAAAGUUCGGAGGUGUGGUGGGGUUUGAAGUAUCGGAGGUGGUGGGUUGUGGUGAAGUAUCGGGGGUGGUAGGGUUGGUAAAGUUUUGGAGGGGGGUAGGUGGGGUGAAGUUCGGGGGGAAGGGUUUGGUAAAGUAGGGAGGUGGGAAAGGGGGGUGGUAAAGUAUGGGAGGUGGUAGGUUUGGUUUGAAUUACGGGGGUGGUAGGUGUGGUGAAGUUUCAAAAGGUGGGGGGGGCGGGGGUUAAGUUUGGGGGGGGGUGUGUGGUAAAAGUAUGGGUUUUUUUUGGUUAGGGGGGGAAAAAGUUUCGGAGGUUUUGUGUGGUGAAGAUGGGAGGUUUGGUAGGUGGGGUUUAAAAGGAUGGGAGGGGGUUUAGGUGUGGGGGGAAGUAUCGGGGGUGGUAGGUUUUGGUAAGUAUUGGAGGGGGAAAGGUGUUUUUGGAAGAAAGGGGGUUGGUGGGUUUGGGGUAAGUAUCGGGGGUGGAGUGUGGUAAAAGUAUCGGGGGGGGUUUGGGGGGUGUGGGGGAAGAUCGGAGGGGGUGGGGGUUUUGGGAAGAAAUCGGGGGUGGAAAGGUGUGGGGGGGAAGUUCGGGGGUGGUGGGUUGUGGUGAAGUAUCGGGGGUGGUGGUUGGGGGUUGAAGUAGGGAGGGGGUAGGUGUGGGGGAAGUAGGGGGUGGGGGUUGGGGUGGCCCAUUUUGGUGGUUGUGGGGGUUGUGAAUUAUCGGGGUUGGAAGGUGUGGUUAAGUAUGGGAAAAGGGUGGUAGGUUUUGGGGGUAGGAAAGGGGGAAAGGGGGGGGGGGUUUAAAAUUUUUUCAGGGGGGGGUGGUGGGGUGGUGUGAAAAAUGGGAAUUGGUAGGUGGGGUUUUUAAGUAUCGGGGGGGGGAUAGGUUGGUGAAGUAUCGGGGGUGGUAGGUGGGGGUGAAGUACGGAGGUGGUAGGUGGGUGAAGUAUGGGAGGUGGUGGGUGGGGGGUUUUUGGGGGUUUGGGAGGGGGGUUUGGUGAAGUAUGGCCCCUUGGGGUUUGGGGGGGGGAAAGGAUGGAGGGGUGGGUGGUUUUGGUGGGGAAUGGGGGGUGGUAUUUUGGGGGUGAAGUAUGGAGGGGGUUUAGGUUUGGUAAAGUUCGGAGGUUGGGAAGGGGGUGUGGUGAAGUAUGGGAAAGGUGGGGGGUUUUUGGUGGGGGAUGGGAAGGUGGUGGGGUGGGGUAAAGGGUAUCGGAGGGGUAGGUUGGGUGAAUUUCGGAUUUUGGAGGUGGUUGGGUAAAAGAAAUGGGGGGUGGAUUUGGGGUGAAGUAUCGGAGGUGGAAAGGUGGGGUUUUGAAGUAUCGGAGGUGGUAGGUGUGGUGAAGUGCCCCGGAGGGGGUGGGGGGUGAAUUUAAGGGGGGGGGUAGGUGUGGUGAAAAAAUGGGUAGGUGGUAUGGUGGUGAAGUAUGGGGGGGGGUGGUAGGGGGGGGGGUUGGGGGGGGGGGAAGGGGUGUUGUGAAUUGGGUUGGGUGGUAGGUGUUGUGAAGUAUCGGAGGUUUUUUGUUUUGGUAAAGGAUCGGAGGUGGUAGGUUGGUGAAGUAUGGGAAGGGGAAAGGUUGGUAAAGAAAGGAGGGGUUUAGGUUUUGGUGGGGUACGGAGGGGGGAAAAGGUUUGGGGUUUUGAAGUAUCGGGGGUGGGGGUGUGGUGAAAUCGGAGGUGGGGGGGGGGAUGUGGGGGGAAGUUAAAAGGUGGUGGGGUUUUGGGGGAAGGGAGGGGGGGGGGGUAGGUUGGGGAAAAAGGAGGGGGGAAGGGUUUUGGAAGUUAAGAGGUGGUAUUGGGGUGAAGUUUUUGGAGGUGGUGGGUUGGUGAAAUUUCCCGGGGGGGUUGGAAAGGUGUGGUGAAGAAAAUCGGGGGGUGGUAGGGGGGGGUAAAGUAUCGGGGGUUGGAAGGGGGGGGGUUUUAAAUAUCGGAGGGGGUAGGUUUUUGGUAAGUAUCGGGGGUGGGGGUUUGGGGGGAAGUAUCGGAGGUGGUAGGUGUGGUAAAGGGAUCGGGGGUUUGGUAGGUGGGGUGAAGUAGGGAAAGGGGGUUAGGUUGGUGAAGUAUCGGAGGUGGUUGGUUGGGGGUGAAGUAUCGGGGGGGUUUAGGGGGGGUAAAAGUAUCGGAGGGGGUAGGUGUGGUGAAGUGAUCCGGGGGGUGGUGGCUAUGUGUUUGGGGGAAGUUGGGCUCGGAGGUGGUGGUGGUGGUGAUAUCGGGGGUGUAGGUGUGGUGAGUUAUCGAUGUGGUAUGUGGUGGGUAAGUUAUCGGUGGUGGUAGGUGGGGUGAAAGUAUCGGGGGUUGGAAAGGUUUGUGGUGGACGUAUCGGAGGGGUAGGUGUGGGUGAAGUAUCGGGGUGGGAAGGUGUGGUGAAGUAUCGGAGGUGGUAGGUGUGGUGAAGUACUCGGAGCCAGAGGCUUGCACAGAGGGUCAGGAUGAAAAUGAGUCUGUGACAGUAGGAGUGAAGUUUGUGGAAAAAGUGGACCCUUGCCUUUUGGCUGAUCCAUUUGUGGUUUCAGGGUGGGUGAAAACAGAGUUGGGUGCUGUGGAAUCGGUGAGGGUAACCAGAAGUGGUCUAGUGAUAAUUGUUUGUGUUUCUGUUGGGCAGAGGGACAAAGCGCUUACAUUUACAUUUUAGUCAUUUAGCAGACGCUCUUAUCCAGAGCGACUUACAGUUAGUGAGUGCAUACAUUAUUUUUACAUACUGGCCCCCCGUGGGAAUCAAACCCACAACCCUGGCGUUGCAAACGCCAUGCUCUACCAACUGAGCUACAUCCCUGCCGGCCAUUCCCUCCCCUACCCUGGACGACGCUGGGCCAAUUGUGCGCCCUGCCCCAUGGGUCUCCCGGUCACUGCCGGCUACGACAGAGCCUGGAUUCGAACCAGGAUCUCUAGAGUUAAACAAAUGGGGGAAAGAAUUGUGAAUUGUUUCGCUCUCAAGAAAAGGGCGCCAUUGAGAGGAGUGAUUACUGGGGUAGCAGUAAAUGUAAAAGUGGAUCAACUGAAGGAGAAGAUUCCCGGUGUGUGAUGCUCGUCAUUUGGUGCGACGUAAACAGGGUGGCGAUAGUGGGGAAACAGGAAGAGUCAUUGUCUGUUCUUUUGAGUUUUGAAGUUGAGUCUUUGCCUGAUAAAGUGAAGUUAGGAUAUAUAAGUUAUCCUGUAUGAGCUUAUGUGCCGAGUACGUUGCGAUGUUACAGGUCUCAAACUUAUGGGCAUGUGGCAGCAGUGUGUAGGAGGGAGAUUCCAAGGUGUGAGAAGUGUGCAGAAGGGCAUGAGACUAAGGAGUGUGAAGCAGUUGGGGAAAGUGGUGGUAUGUGUUAAUUGUAGGGGUGGCCAUGGGGCUGGGGAUCAGACAUGUCCAGUGCGAGAGAAGCAGGUUGAGGUUUCCAGGGUUAGAGUAGUGCAGAAGUUGUCAUAUGCUGAGGCAGUGAAGAAAUUAAAGGAAGAGGAGUCAAGGAGGGGAGUGAUGAGAGUAGGAGAUACAGUGGGGGAAAAAAGUAUUUAGUCAGCCACCAAUUGUGCAAGUUCUCCCACUUAAAAAGAUGAGAGAGGCCUGUAAUGUUCAUCAUAGGUACACGUCAACUAUGACAGACAAAAUGAGAAUUUUUUUUCUCAGAAAAUCACAUUGUAGGAUUUUUAAUGAAUUUAUUUGCAAAUUAUGGUGGAUUUGGUCAAUAACAAAAGUUUCUCAAUACUUUGUUAUAUACCCUUUGUUGGCAAUGACACAGGUCAAACGUUUUCUGUAAUUCUUCACAAGGUUUUCAAACACUGUUGCUGGUAUUUUGGCCCAUUCCUCCAUGCAGAUCUCCUCUAGAGCAGUGGUGUUUUGGGGCUGUCGCUGGGCAACACGGACUUUCAACUCCCUCCAAAGAUUUUCUAUGGGGUUGAGAUCUGGAGACUGGCUAGGCCACUCCAGGACCUUGAAAUGCUUCUUACGAAGUCACUCCUUCGUUGCCCGGGCGGUGUGUUUGGGAUCAUUGUCAUGCUGAAAGACCCAGCCACGUUUCAUCUUCAAUGCCCUUGCUGAUGGAAGGAGGUUUUCACUCAAAAUCUCACGAUACAUGGACCCAUUAAUUCUUUCCUUUACACGGAUCAGUCGUCCUGGUCCCUUUGCAGAAAAACAGCCCCAAAGCAUGAUGUUUCCACCCCCAUGCUUCACAGUAGGUAUGGUGUUCUUUGGAUGCAACUCAGCAUUCUUUGUCCUCCAAACACGACGAGUUGAGUUUUUACCAAAAAGUUAUAUUUUGGUUUCAUCUGACCAUAUGACAUUCUCCCAAUCCUCUUCUGGAUCAUCCAAAUGCACACUAGCAAACUUCAGACGGGCCUGGACAUGUACUGGCUUAAGCAGGGGGACACGUCUGGCACUGCAGGAUUUGAGUCCCUGGUGGCGUAGUGUGUUACUGAUGGUACGCUUUGUUACUUUGGUCCCAGCUCUCUGCAGGUCAUUCACUAGGUCCCCCCGUGUGGUUCUGGGAUUUUUGCUCACCGUUCUUGUGAUCAUUUUGACCCCACGGGGUGAGAUCUUGCGUGGAGCCCCAGAUCGAGGGAGAUUAUCAGUGGUCUUGUAUGUCUUCCAUUUCCUAAUAAUUGUUCCCACAGUUGAUUUCUUCAAACCAAGCUGCUUACCUAUUGCAGAUUCAGUCUUCCCAGCCUGGUGCAGGUCUACAAUUUUGUUUCUGGUGUCCUUUGACAGCUCUUUGGUCUUGGCCAUAGUGGAGUUUGGAGUGUGACUGUUUGAGGUUGUGGACAGGUGUCUUUUAUACUGAUAACAAGUUCAAACAGGUGCCAUUAAUACAGGUAACGAGUGGAGGACAGAGGAGCCUCUUAAAGAAGAAGUUACAGGUCUGUGAGAGCCAGAAAUCUUGCUUGUUUGUAGGUGACCAAAUACUUAUUUUCCACCAUAAUUUGCAAAUAAAUUCAUUAAAAAUCCUACAAUGUGAUUUUCUGGAGAAAAAAAAUCUCAAUUUGUCUGUCAUAGUUGACGUGUACCUAUGAUGAAAAUUACAGGCCUCUCUCAUCUUUUUAAGUGGGAGAACUUGCACAAUUGGUGGCUGACUAAAUACUUUUUUCCCCCACUGUAUGUACCAGUACAGUGGGAUAGGCAAGCAAGUGAUAUAUGUUUCAGUAAGAUUGUUUUUUUUUAGCGUUUAUAGCUACGGUUAUUAAUUGUACUGCAGGGAUGAAAAGCAAAUCGAAGAAAAUUGAGGUUGUGGUGGCAGCUGCAGAGAGAUAUUUGGGUGUGCGAGACCUGACAGCAGUUGGUAGAGCAUGGCGCUUGCAACGCCAGGGUUGUGGGUUCGAUUCCCACGGGGGGCCAGUAUGAAAAAUGUAUGCACUCACUAACUGUAAGUCGCUCUGGAUAAGAGCGUCUGCUAAAUGACUAAAAUGUAAAUGUUACAGGGAGUGUUAAGUGGUGAUGCCCCAUCAUUUCAGGUUGAGGGUAUGAGGUAGGAGUGAGUAUAUUUAAAUAGUGGAGAAGGGUGGGGUUAAUUAUUAGUAGUAGGUUUGAAGUUGUGAGUGUAGAUGGUAGGAUAUUUUUUUGCUUUGUUUUAUUUUAAUUUUCAAGAAAAGAUAAGGGAGUUGUACUCCAGUCUAGUAGGUGGCGGUAAUGCAACAAAUUGGAUGCCAACCGCCAUUAAACCUCAUUGAAGAAGAAGAAGAAGAAGAAGAAGAAGCAGGAACGAGGCCGAAAGUGUAGAACUGUCCUUGCGUGCCCGGAAGUGUUGCUAUAGCGACUGCCUCGGCUGGUCGCUUGACAAACACACAGAGAAACACAGGCUUGAUCAUAACUUUUGAAAAGUGUCCCAAACUACUUUACAACAUCGUUGACAGCUUAGGUUUCAAGGCCGACUUAUAAUGCAAAAACGGUCUAAUUUCAAAUAGAUAAUUGAUUGGAUAAAUCACGUUUUCAUACUUUGGCAAAUUAACUUGAGAGGAUGAGUGCAGCAUUCCCACCGCGGCAAAAAGUGACCUUCCUACCAGACAUCAACAAACUGGAGAAACGCUCACCUGCCCAAGAGCUGACCAGUCCAUGGUCCAGGUGGGUCGAUAUAAGAAUGAAACCUUUUAUUUAUUUAUUUGUCUCGUGUUUGUACCCUCAAAUACACAAGUAGGCCUAACUAUAAUAAAACAAUAAAGAGUCGCAGCUAAAGUUUGAUGCUUGCUGUAAUCGAUAUAGCCUCGGUGGCCGUCAGAGCAGAUCUAGCGGCCACUAUUGGCAGAGCGGUCAGCUGCCAUAAACUAGGUGGUUCGAGCCCUGAAUGCUGAUUGGCUGACAGUCGUGGUAUAUCAGACCAAAUACCACGGGUAUGACCCCAAAAAAUAUUUUUACUGCUCUAAUUUCGUUGGUAACCAGUUUAUAGGCUCCGGGAGACCCAUGGGGCGGCGCAUAAUUGGCCCAGCAUCGUCCAGGGUAGGGGAGGGAAUGGCAGGCAGGGAUGUAGCUCAGUUGGUAGAGCAUGGCGUUUGCAACGCCAGGGUUGUGGUUCAAUUCCCACGGGGGGCCAGUAUGAAAAAUAAAAUAAUGUAUGCACUCACUAACUGUAAGUCGCUUUGGAUAAGAGCGUCUGCUAAAAUGACUACAAUGUAAAGCACCUCCAGGGUUUGUGAAAUAUGGCCAACAUACCACGGCUAAGGGCUGUGCCCAGGCACUCCGCUUCAGAACAGCCCUUCGCCGUGGUACAGUAUAUUGACCAUAUACCACACCUCCUCAGUGCUUCAUUGCACUCGUGACCACUAGAAGGUACGCACACACCUUUACAUUUACAUUUUAGUCAUUUAACAGACGCUCUUAUCCGGAGCGACUUACAGUUUUUAGUGAGUGCAUACAUUUUUCAUACUGGCCCCCCCCCGUGGGAAUCGAACCCACAACCCUGGUGUCGCAAACGCCAUGCUCUACCAACUUAGCUACACGGGGGGGGGGGGGGGGCAACAUGGGGGGUCUAACAUGGCUACAGCUACUCCAUUCAUAGAUGCUAACUGCUUUAGUGCCUCCCGAGUGGCGCAGUGGUCUAAGGCACUGCAUCGCAGUGCUAGCUGUGCCACUAGAGAUCCUGGUUCGAUUCCAGGCUCUGUCGUAGCCGGCCGCGACCGGGAGAACCAUGGGGCGGCGCACAAUUGGUCCAGGGUAGGGGAGGGAAUGGCCGGCAAGGACGUAGCUCAGUUGGUAGAGCAUGGCGUUUACAACGCCAGGGUUGUGGGUUCGAUUCCCAUGGGGGGCCAGUAUUAUUAUUAUUAUUUAGUUUAGUAGGAUGGAGGCUCCAUAGCUGUAUGGAUCUGUAACUGCUACAGUGGAGUUUAGUAGGAUGGAGGCCCCAUAGCUGUAUGGAUCUGUAACUGCUACAGUGUAGUUUAGUAGGAUGGAGGCCCCAUAGCUGUAUGGAUCUGUAACUGCUACAGUGUAGUUUAGUAGGAUGGAGGCCCCAUAGCUGUAUGGUCUGUAACUGCUACAGUGUUGGAGUUUUAGUAGGGGAAUUGAGGGGAGGCCCCAUAGCUGUAUGGAUCUGUAACUGCUACAGUGUAGUUUAGUAGGAUGGAGGCCCCAUAGCUGUAUGGAUCUGUAACUGCUACAGUGUAGUUUAGUAGGAUGGAGGCACCAUAGCUGUAUGGAUCUGUAACUGCUACAGUGUAGUUUAGUAGGAUGGAGGCACCAUAGCUGUAUGGAUCUGUAACUGCUACAGUGUAGUUUAGUAGGAUGGAGGCCCCAUGCUGUAUGGAUCUGUAACUGCUACAGUUAGUUUAGUAGGAUGGAGGCUCCAUAGCUGUGUAUGGAAUCUGUAAAACUGCUACAGUUGUAAGUUUAGGUAGGAUGGAGGCCACAUGAGCUGUAUGGAUCGUUUAACUCGUACAGUGUAGUUAUAGUAGGGAUGGAGGCCCCAUAGCUGUAUGGAUCUGUAAAAUGCUACAGUGUAGUUUAGUAGAGAUGCCAGGUCACCAUACGCUGUAUGAGAUCUGUAACUGCUACAGUUGAGUUUAGUAGGAUGGAGGCCCCAUAGCUGUAUGGAUCUGUAAUUGCUUCAGUGUAGUUUUUAGUAGAGAUGGAGGAUCCAUAGCUGUAUGGAUCUGUAAACCUGCUACAGUUGUCGGUUUAGUAGGAUGUGAGGACCCCAUAGCCUGAUGGAUCUGUAACGACUACAGUGUAGGUUAGUAGGAUGGAGGCACCAUAGCUGGUAGGGAUCUGUAACUGCUACAGGUGUAGUUUUAGUAGGAUGGAGGGCCCCAUAGUGUAUGUACUGUAAUGGCUACAGUGUAGUUUAGUAGCAUGGCGGCACCAUAGCUGUAUGGAUCUGUAACUGUACAGUGUAGUUUUGUAGUUAGUAGGAGGAGGCACCAUAGCUGUAGGAUCUGUAACUGCAGUUGUAGUUUAUUAGGAGGAGGCCCCCAGAGCUGUAUGGUCUGUAAACUGCACAGGUAGUUUAGUAGGAGGAGGACCCCUAGCUUAUGGAUCUGGUAACUGCUACAGUGUAGUUUAGUAGGAGGAGGGCCCCAUAGCUGAUGGAUCUGUAACUGCAGUGUAGGGUUUUUUUAGUAGGAUGGAGGGCCCAUAGUGUAGGAUUCUGUAAACUGCAGUGAGUUUAGAGGAUGGAGGCUCCAUAUCUGUAGGGAUCGUAACUGCUACAGUGUUAGUAUUAGUGGAUGGAGGGCCCCCUAGCUGAUGGAUCUGAACUGAUACAGUGUGAGUUUAGUAGGAUGGAAGGCACCAUAGCUGUAUGGAUCUGAAAGCUACAGUGUAGUUUAGUAGGAUGGGCCCAUAAGAUGUAUGGAUCUGUAAAUGCCAGUGUAGUUUGUAGGGAUGGAGGCUCCAUAGGUGUAUGGAUCUGUAACGCUACAGUGUAGUUGAGUAGGAUGGAGGCCCCAUAGCUGUAGGAUCGUAAAAACGGCUACAGUGUAGUUAGUAGGAUGGAGGCCCCAUAGCUGUAGGAUCUGUAAAGCUACGUGGUUUGUUAUUUUAGAAGGAUGGAGGCCCCCAUAGCGUAUGGAUCUGUAACGCUACAGGUAGUUUAGUAGGAUUGGAGGGCCCAUAGCUGUAUGGAUCUGUAACUGCUACAGUGUAGUUUGUAGGAGGAGGCCCCAUAGCUGUAUGGAUCUAAUGACCUACAGUUGUAGUUUAGAAGGAUGGAGGAUCAAUAGUGUAGGAUCUGUAACUGCUACAGUUGUAUAGUUAGUGUUUAGUAGGACUGGAGAGCCCCAUAGCUGUAGGGAUCUUAACUGCUACAGUUGUAGUUUAGUAGGAUGGAGGCCCCAUAGUGUAUGGAUCUGUACUGCUCCAGUGUAGUUUUAGUAGGGAUGGAGGGCCCCAUAGCUGUAUGGAUCUGUAACUGAUUACAGUGUAGGUUUAGUAGGUUGGAGGGCACCAUAGCUGUAUGGAUCUGUAACUGCUACAUGAGUUAGUAGGAAUGGGCCCAUAGCUGUAUGGAUCUGUAACUGCUACAGUGUAGUUUAGUAGGAUGGAGGCACCAUAGCUGUAGGGACUGUACCUGCUACAGGUAGUUAGUAGGAUGGAGGCACCAUAGCUGUAUGGAUCUGUUAAAACUUGCAGUGUAGUUGAGUAGAUGGAGGCUCCAUAGCUGUAUGGAUCUGUAACUGCUACAGUUGUAGUUUAGUUAGUAGGAUGGAGGCACCACAGCUGAUGGAUCUUUAAUGUACAGUGUAGUAGUAGGAAGGGAGGCCCCCAUAGCUGUAUGGAUCUGUAACUGCUACAGUGUAGUGUAGUAGGAUGGAGGCCAUAGAUGUAUGGAUCUGUAACUGAUACAGUGUUGUAGUUAGUCGGAUGGCGGCCUCAUAGCUGUUGGAUCUGUAAACUGCUACAGUGUAGUUUAGUAGGAUGGAGGCACCAGAGCUGUAUGGAUCAUUGUAAACUGCUACAGUGUAGUUUAGUAGGAUGGAGGCACCAUAGCUGUAUGGAUCUGUAAACUGCGUACAGUUGUAGUUAGUAGGAUGGAGGCCCCCUAGCCUGUAUGGAGGGUAACUGCUACAGUGUAGUUAGUAGGAUGGAGGCCCCAUAGCUGUAUGGAUCUGUAACUGCUACAGUGUAGUUUCAGUUAGGGAUGGAGGGCCCAUAGCUGUAUGGAUCGUAACUGCUAAAGUGUAGUAGUCGGAUGGAGGCCCCAUAGCUGUAUGGAUCGGUACUGCUUACAGUGUCGGUAGUAGGAGGAGGCACCAUAGCUGUAUGGAUCUGUAACGGCUACAGUGUAGUUUAGUAGGAUGGGAGACCCAUAAGCGUAUGGAUCGGGAAACUGCUACAGGUUAGUUUAAGUAGGAUGGAGGGCACCCAAGCUGUAUUGGAUCGUAACUGCUACAGUGUAGUUGAGAGGAUGGAGGCUACAUAGCGUAAUGGAUCUGUAACUGCUACAGUUGUAGGUUAGUAGGAUGGGAGGGCCCCCGAGCUGUUAUGGAUCUGUAACUGCGACAGUGAGUUGUAGGAUGGAUGGCUGACACAUGCUUGUAUGGAUCUGUAACUGCAGUGAGUUUAGUUAGAUGGAGGCCCCCCAGCUGUAAGGGAUCUGUAACUGCAGGUAUUUAGUAGGAUGGAGGCCUUCAAUAGCUGUAUGGAAUCUGUAACUGCUACAGUGUAGUGAGUAGGAUGGAGGGCCCCAUAGCUGUAUGGAUCUGUAACUGCUACAGUGAGUUCGUAGUGAUUGGAGGCACCAGCUGUUAUGGAUCUGAAACUGCCUACAGUGUAGUUUAGGAGGAUGGAGGCCCCCCCCCUAGCUGUAUGGAUCUGUAAAACUGCUCAGGUGUAGUUAGUAGGAUGGAGGCCACCAUAGCUGUAGAUAUGUAACUGCAUACAGGUGUAGUUAGUAGGAUGGAGGCCCAUAGCUGUAUGGAUCUGACUGCUACAGUGUGUAGUUUAGUAGGAUGGAGGCCCCAUAGCUGUAUGGAAUCUGUAACUGCUAAGGUAGUUUAGUUAGGAUGGAGGCCCCAUCGCUGUAUGGAUCUGUAAAUGCUACAGUGUAGUUUAGUAGGAUGGUGGCCCCAUAGCUGUAUGGAUUCUGUAAUGCUUACAGUGUAGUUAGUAGGAUGGCGGGCUCCAUAGCUGUAGGGAUCUUAACUGCACAGUGUAGUUUAAGUAGGUGGAGGCACCUAGCUGUAGGAUCGUAACGCUACAGUGUAGUUAGUAGGGUGGAGGCCCCAUCGCGGGAUGGAUCUGUAACUGCUACAGUGUAGUUAGUAGAUGGAGGACCAAGCUGUAGGAUCUGAACUGUACAGUGUAGUUAGUCGGAGGAGGGCCCCAUCGCUGUAUGGAUCUGUAACUGCUACAGUGUAGUUUAGUAGGAUGGAGGCACAUAGCUGUAUGGAUCUGAAACUGCUACGUGUAGUUUUAGUUUAGUAGGAGGAGGCCCACCAUAGAUGUAUGGAUCUGUAACUGCUACAGUGUAGGUUAGUAGGUGGAGGCACCAUAGUGUAUGGAUCUGUAACUGCUACAGUGUAGUGUAGUAGGAUGGAGGCCCCCUUAGUUGUGUUUGUUGAAAAUUACUUUUAUUUUGGUGGACCCCCCCAAAAUAUUGUUGAGUUUUAAAUUUCCCCCCUUUUGUUUUUCUUUGAUUUUUUUUUUGGGGGGGUGGGGGGGUUGGUUUCGGGUUGGGUUUUAGGGGAGGGGCCUUUUUGGAUUUCUCUCGUGGGGUUGAAUGGGGUUUUUUUUAAAGUGUAGUUUUGGUAGGCCCCAUACUUUGGUUUAACUACUUGGUUUUUUUGUGGAGGGUUUUUUUGAUCAAGUGUAGUUUUUAGGGGAUGGAGGCCCCUUUGUUAUGGUUUCAAAAAAUUUUUUAGAAAAUGGACCCUAUUUAGAAAAGCUACAGGGUUUAUUGGCCCAUUAGGACUGAAAAUGAAAUUUUUUGGGGGGCCCUAGUUUAUUUUCUCUCCUGUUUUUUAAAUUUAGGAGGGGGCCCAAUUUGGUUGAACUGUACAGUGUAUUUAAAGGGUGGAGGCCCCGCAUGGCUGUAUGACUGUAUUGUAAGGGGGCCCCUAGCUUAGGCCCAAAAUUUUGGUUAGGGGAGGGGCCCUCUGAGGCAAAAUGACAGUGUAGUUUUUUAGUGGGGCCCCAAUUUUGUAGGAAAAACCGUGUAUUUGAAGGGAUCAAAUUUUUGGGGACCCUUUUUCCCAGUGGGUAUGGAUGGAGGCCCCAAGGGUUUUCUUUAACCCCCCUUUUUUGAAGGGGGGCUCAAAGUUUUUUUUUAAACCCGGAUUUAGUGGAGGGAGGACCAAAAAGGUUGGAGAAGCUAAGUGUAUUUUGGUGGGGGGUUUGUGAGGGACAACUGAAAAGGAUUUGUAAGGGGGGUUUAGUUAUGGGGAUCUUUGCUGAUGUGUUUUUGGGAGGAGGAAAGUUUUUAAUAGUUUGUUUUGAGGGGGGUUUUGAGGGGUUUUGGAAAAAAUUUUUGUACUAUUUUUAAAAAAUUUUUGAAUUGGGAAAAUUUUAGGGGGAAAUUUUUAUUUUUUAAAAAAAAAAAAUUUUUUUGGGCCCCGGGUUCCCCUUUUUUUUUAAAAUUUUUUUCGCUUCCCCUUUUAAAAAUGUUUUUGUUUAUUAACCAGGAAUACCCAAAAGGUAAAUUUUUUUAAUCAGAAAAGGGGAAAAAGCCAAAAACCAAAUAAGGCCACCCCCCCCCCAAGAAAUCCCCAAUCUUUUUAAAUUUUUUAAGUUGGGGUAAAUGCCGGGUUUAGUCAAUUCAUUUUUUUUCACCCAAGGGUCAAAAAUGCUGGGUACGGCUUUUUCUUUAACCCCCUGGUUUUUCUUCCAAAAAUCCCCCGCUGGUGUCCCCUUCUGGUUGGUCUUUUCCCCCAAAUGGUUUUGAAAAUUUGGGAAAACCCCCGUCAAAUUUUUCGAAAUUGCAGUAACGCUACGGUAUUUAGUAGAUGGAGGCACCAUAGCUGUAUGGAUCUGUAACUGCUACAGUGUAGUUUAGUAGGAUGAGGCCCAUAGCUGUAUGGAUCUGUAACUGCUACAGUGUAGUUUAGUAGGAUGGAGCACCAUAGCUGUAUGGAUCUGUAACUGCUACAGUGUAGUUUAGUAGGAUGGAGGCACCAUAGCUGUAUGGAUCUGUAACUGCUACAGUGUAGUUUAGUAGGAUGGAGCCCAUAGCUGUAUGAUCUGUAACUGCUCGUUAGUUUAGUAGGUUUUUUGAGUGGCUCCAUAGCUUAUGGAUCUGUUACUGCUGAUGUAGUUUAGAGAUGAGCCCCAUAGCUUUUUGAUACUAUGUCUUGUUUUGAGGGGUUUUGACUGAUGUCGCGUCUAUGCUAACAUGGCUCAAAUUCGCUAGCUACCUAGCUAGCCAAAAAACUAUAAUGAUGUAUUUGAGAGACAACAAGUGCUUAUGUGUGCAAAUUAAUUUAUGUUUUUAAUAAACAUUGUAGACUAAAUAUAGUCUGUUUUGCCCCAUGGUUGUGCACAUGUUGGUUUUAAAGUAGUUAGUUGAUAUUACAGACAUUACCCAUCUAUAAUAAAGUAGUUAGUUGAUAUUAUUACACUCAGAGAACUAUCUUGACCAAUCAAGGCCUACACAUGUUUUUAGGAUGCAGAAAAGGGGUAAGGAAACUGAACCAACUCAACCUGCAAGAAGCCAGACCCCGACCGUUUCCAAGGAUGAAAUCGCCCUGUAAGUCAAUUCAUUUGUUUAUUAUGUGUGCAGGUCAAUUAAUGCACUUUGCUGCUCAGCUCAAUUCAGUGCAGUUUACAUGUUCACCAGUAGAGGUCACCACAAACCAAUGCUGGGUGACUGGCUGCUUCUCUUCAACGCCCUGUUGCUCUGUCUGUCCAUGAAUGCCCCCAGCUAAAGGUAGUGAUGGGAAAACAAAGCUUCCUGAAGCAUUGAGUCUUUUCAGCCAAUUGUGUCAAAACUAGGUUAAUUUCUCUGAGCUUCAUUAUCCGGUUACAGUGCACAUUAGUGACAUCUGCUGGUCAGCGAUAAAUAGCAACGUGCGAUUAGCAGAUAGUUUUUUGUCCUCUACUGAUUUUAUGAAAACUCCAUGGCGCAGCGGUAAACCGUUGGUUUUAAUAGCCUAUAAUCAGUUGGAUUGCCAGGUUAGUAGCCUAUAAUCAGUUGGAUUGCCAGGUUAGUAGCCUAUAAUCAGUUGGGUUGCCAGGUUAGUAGCCUAUAAUCAGUUGGAUUACCAGGUUAGUAGCCUAUAAUCAGUUGGAUUGCCAGGUUAGUAGCCUAUAAUCAGUGGAUUGCCAGGUUAGUAGCCUAUAAUCAGUUGGAUUGCCAGGUUAGUAGCCUAUAAUCAGUUGGGUUGCCAGGUUAGUAGCCUAUAAUCAGUUGGAUUGCCAGGUUAGUAGCCUAUAAUCAGUUGGGAUUGCCAGGUUAGUAGCCUAUAAUCAGUUGGAUUGCCAGGUUAGUAGCCUAUAAUCAGUUGGGUUGCCAGGUUAGUAGCCUAUAAUCAGUUGGAUUGCCAGGUUAGUAGCCUAUAAUCAGUUGGGUUGCCAGGUUAGUAGCCUAUAAUCAGUUGGAUUGCCAGGUUAGUAGCCUAUAAUCAGUUGGAUUGCCAGGUUAGUAGCCUAUAAUCAGUUGGAUUGCCAGGUUAGUAGCCUAUAAUCAGUUGGAUUGCCAGGUUAGUAGCCUAUAAUCAGUUGGGUUGCCAGGUUAGUAGCCUAUAAUCAGUUGGGUUGCCAGGUUAGUACUUAAUCAGUUGGAUUGCCAGGUUAGUAGCCUAUAAUCAGUUGGAUUGCCAGGUUAGUAGCCUAUAAUCAGUUGGAUUGCCAGGUUAGUAGCCUAUAAUCAGUUGGAUUGCCAGGUUAGUAGCCUAUAAUCAGUUGGAUUGCCAGGUUAGUAGCCUAUAAUCAGUUGGAUUGCCAGGUUAGUAGCCUAUAAUCAGUUGGAUUGCCAGGUUAGUAGCCUAUAAUCAGUUGGAUUGCCAGGUUAGUAGCCUAUAAUCAGUUGGAUUGCCAGGUUAGUAGCCUAUAAUCAGUUGGGUUGCCAGGUUAGUAGCCUAUACUCAGUUGGAUUGCCAGGUUAGUAGCCUAUAAUCAGUUGGAUUGCCAGGUUAGUAGCCAAUAAUCAGUUGGAUUGCCAGGUUAGUAGCCUAGAAUCAGUUGGGUUGCCAGGUUAGUAGCCUAUAAUCAGUUGGAUUGCCAGGUUAGUAGCCUAUAAUCAGUUGGAUUGCCAGGUUAGUAGCCUAUAGUCCAGUUGGAUUGCCAGGUUAGUAGCCUAUAAUCAGUUGGAUUGCCAGGGUUAGUAGCCUAUAAUCAGUUGGAUUGCCAGGUUAGUAGCCUAUAAUCAGUUGGGUUGCCAGGUUAGUAGCCUAUAAUCAGUUGGAUUGCCAGGUUAGUAGCCUAUAAUCAGUUGGAUUGCCAGGUUAGUAGCCUAUAAUCAGUUGGAUUGCCAGGUUAGUAGCCUAUAAUCAGUUGGAUUGCCAGGUUAGUAGCCUAUAAUCAGUUGGAUUGCCAGGUUAGUAGCCUAUAAUCAGUUGGAUGCCAGGUUAGUAGCCUAUAAUCAGUUGGAUUGCCAGGUUAGUAGCCUAUAAUCAGUUGGAUUGCCAGUUUAGUAGCCUAUAAUCAGUUGGAUUGCCAGGUUAGUAGCCUAUACUCAGUUGGAUUGCCAGGUUAGUAGCCUAUAAUCAGUUGGAUUGCCAGGUUAGUAGCCUAUAAUCAGUUGGAUUGCCAGGUUAGUAGCCUAUAAUCAGUUGGAUUGCCAGGGUUAGUAGCCUAUAAUCAGUUGGAUUGCCAGGUUAGUAGCCUAUAAUCAGUUGGAUUGCCAGGUUAGUAGCCAUCAUAAUCAGUUGGAUGGCCAGGUUAGUAGCCUAUAAUCAGUUGGAUUGCCAGGUUAGUAGCCUAUAAUCAGUUGGAUUGCCAGGUUAGUAGCCUAUAAUCAGUUGGAUUGCCAGGUUAGUAGCCUAUAAUCAGUUGGAUUGCCAGUUAGUAGCCUAUAAUCAGUUGGAUUGCCAGGUUAGUAGCCUAUAAUCAGUUGGAUUGCCAGGUUAGUAGCCUAUAAUCAGUUGGAUUGCCAGGUUAGUAGCCUAUAAUCAGUUGGAUUGCCAGGUUAGUAGCCUAUAAUCAGUUGGCUUGCCAGGUUAGUAGCCUAUAGUCAGUUUGGAUUGCCAGGUUAGUAGCCUAUAAUCAGUUGGAUUGCCAGGUUAGUAGCCUAUAAUCAGUUGGAUUGCCAGGUUAGUAGCCUAUAAUCAGUUGGAUUGCCAGGUUAGUAGCCUAUAAUCAGUUGGGAUUGCCAGGUUAGUAGCCUAUAAUCAGUUGGAUUGCCAGGUUAGUAGCCUAUAAUCAGUUGGAUUGCCAGGUUAGUAGCCUAUAAUCAGUUGGAUUGCCAGGUUAGUAGCCUAUAAUCAGUUGGAUUGCCAGGUUAGUAGCCUAUAAUCAGUUGGAUUGCCAGGUUAGUAGCCUAUAAUCAGUUGGAUUGCCAGGUUAGUAGCCCUAUAAUCAGUUGGAUUGCCAGGUUAGUAGCCUAUAAUCAGUUGGGUUGCCAGGUUAGUAGCCUAUAAUCAGUUGGGUUGCCAGGUUAGUAGCCUAUAAUCAGUUGGGAUUGCCAGGUUAGUAGCCUAUAAUCAGUUGGAUUGCCAGGUUAGUAGCCUAUAAUCAGUUGGAUUGCCAGGUUAGUAGCCUAAAUUUCAGUGGGAUUGCCAGGUUAUAGCCUACUAUCAGUUGGAUUGCCAGGUUAGUAGGCCUAUAAUCAGUUGGAUUGCCAAGGUUAGUAGCCUAUAAUCAGUUGGAUUGCCAGGUUAGUAGCCUAUAAUCAGUUGGAUUGGCCAGGUUAGUAGCCUAUAAUCAGUUGGAUUGCCAGGUUAGUAGCCUAUAAUCAGUUGGAUUGCCAGGUUAGUAGCCUAUAAUCAGUUGGAUUGACAGGUUAGUAGCCUAUAAUCAGUUGGAUGCCAGGUUAGUAGCCUAUAAUCAGUUGGAUUGCCAGGUUAGUAGCCUAUAAUCAGUUUGGAUUGGCCAGGUUAGUAGCCUAUAAUCAGGUUGGCUUGCCAGGUUAGUAGCCUAUAGUCCAGUUGGAUGCCCAGGUUAGUAGCCUAUAAUCAGUUGGAUUGCCAGGUUAGUAGCCUAUAAUCAGUUGGAUUGCCAGGUUAGUAGCCUAUAAUCAGUUGGAUUGCCAGGUUAGUAGCCUAUAAUCAGUUGGAUUGCCAGGUUAGUAGCCUAUAAUCAGUUGGAUUACCAGGUUAGUAGCCUAUAAUCAGUUGGAAUACCAACCAGGUUCACAUCAUGCUUCGUUUCUUUGCCUUCAACUUUGACUAUUGUUCUAAAACUGAAUCUAUGGCAUUAUUUAGGAUUCUCAAGACAGAAGCUUAUACUUUACUAAAUAAAACUAAUUAUUUGAACAACGGUGCAGAAAGUCUGGUUUCACAUAAAACUAUUUUCAUAAGAGUGUACCUUCAACGAGAUUCGACCACACGUCCCUGAAUGUUCCAAAGUUGCCCACUCUACCUGCUAAUCUACCUGUCAGGUGUAUUUACCUGUAGAAAGUCCUAGAUGUAUAAGUACGGUAUCCAGUGGAGGUCGGUGUUUGAAAGCAGCUUCUUCUACACCUUGUAGAGUCCGACUCAAUAUUAGGAAGUUGUUCUUAAUGGUUUUAGACUCUUAGUUUAGGUUUUCCAUCCUCUCUCUCUGUCUGUUUCCAGGUUUCGUAACAGCGUGAGACAGAACGCCUGUGUAGAGAUGCUGCGUGGAGGAUUCCACAGGUCAGAAACACACGUACACACGCUUCAUAACUAAUUAAACACAUGUAUACACGCUUCAUAACUAAUUACACACACAUACACACUUCAUAACUAAUUACACACAUGUAUACACGCUUCAUAACUAAUUACACACAUGUACACACUUCAUAACUAAUUAAACACAUGUAUACACGCUUCAUAACUAAUUACACACAUACACGCUUCAUAACUAAUUACACACACGCACACGCUUCAUAACUAAUUACACACACGUACACGCUUCAUAACUAAUUACACACACGUACACGCUUCAUAACUAAUUACACACACGUAUACACGCUUCAUAACUAAUUACACACAUACACACUUCAUAACUAAUUACACACACGUACACGCUUCAUAACUAAUUACACACAUGUACACACUUCAUAACUAAUUACACACACGCACACGCUUCAUAACUAAUUACACACACGUACACACUUCAUAACUAAUUACACCACGGGAAAAUACCAAAACCUUUAACUUCCCAAACCCUUCUUUUUUCCCCCAAUAAACUUUUUUAAAAAACAAAUUUUGGGAAUUUUUGGUCCAAAGGAAAAACAAAAAAAAAGGGAAAAAGGUGAGAAAUUUUUUCCCAAUAAAACAAAAAAGAGGAAAAAAAAAUUUUGAAAACCGCCCGAAGGGAAGCAAAAUUUUGGGGGGGGAACAGAAAGCCAGAGAAAGUAGGGAAGGGAGGCGGGUUUAAAAGCUUUUUAAAAAGGGUACCGACAAAAGGAAGUUGAAGGAGCCUUUUUUUUUUCCCCCUCUUUCUUUUCCGGUUUCGUACCUCCCGGGGGUUUUUAAGUCUGCGGGGGGUUCCCAAAGGCAAAAAAAGGGAACAGUUAAAAAUUAAAACAGAUCCGUUCCUGCCACAUAAAUUUUAAACAACCCCAAAAAUUUCAAACUAAAAAACCGAAAACAUUAAAAUUAAUUAAACACACCCCCCAAAAACCUCCCAAAAACCCAACAAACAAAACCCCCCUAAAAAUUCAACAGUCCCCUUAAAUAAUUUACAAACAACGAAAAAACAAAUACCCCAAAAUAAAACAAAUACACAUUAAAACUUUCAAAGUACCCCCAAAAAUUUUUAAAACCAAAACCCCCCAAAUUUAAAAUAACACCCGCCAGAAAAAAACCCCCCACGUACACAUUUUCCAAAAACCCCCCCCGCCAUUUUUUAAAAAACACUUUUUUAAAACCAAAGUCCCCCUUUAACAAAAACAACAUCCCCCAAAAAACAAAACACCCGACAUUUAAAAAAAUAAAAACCAGACAGCUUCAAAAAUUAAACACAGAUACCCCCAAAUUAAUUCAACAGACACACUUAAAAAUAAAAAAAACCUAAAACCCUUUACCAACUAAACCCCCUUCCCCCUUUCCCCCUCCCUUUUUCCCUUGGGAGGGGAAUGGGGGGGGGGGAAAAGGGGGGGGCCCCCCCCGGGGGGGGGGGGCCCCCCCGGAACCCCAAGGGAAACCAACCCCCAAAGAAAAAUUUUUCCCCCCCAACCCCUCCCCCCCUUCCCCCCUUUGGGGCCCAAAAACUUCCCUUUCCCCCCUUUUUUUUUUCCCCCCUUCUCCCCCCUCUUCUCUUUCCCCACCCCCUUUUUCCUCUUUCCCUCCCCCUUUCCCAAACCCUUCCCCCCCCUAUCUCCUCCUCUUCCCCUUUUUUCCCUUCCUUUUUCCCCCCCCCUUUUCUCCCCUUUCCUCUCUUUCCCUUGUUCUUUUUUCCCCCCCCCUCCCCUUUAACUUCAGGGCCUUUCCCCCGGGGUUUUAAAAAGGGUUAGCUUAACCCCCCAGGGCCUAAAAACAACCCCCAAACCCCCCCACACCAAACCACCCCCCCCCCGGGGGCCCCCCGGGAAAAAACACAAACCCCCCCCGGGGGGCCCCCCCAAGGGUACCCCAAACCCCAACCGGGGCAAGGCCUCAACGGUACCCAUUUCCCCUUUUAAUCCCUAGGGGCUCUCAACGGUAAAACCCUAAAAACCCCUCCCGGGGGGCAGACGGCUCCCCCUAAAAAUCCACCCCUCCUCUGGGCGGUCCCUAAAACCCCCGCCGGGCGGGGACCUCGACAGGUACCCUCAACCUACCAAAAGGGGCGACCCAGCUCCGACAAACUCCCAAAAACCCGCCCGGGGGGCCCCCCCCGAUCCAACCCCCUACCACUUACGCCUCAACGACCACAGCCCCUUCCCACUCAUUUUCCCCCCUUUAAAACCCCCCACCUAAAAAGGGGGGGCACUCUCGGCCAUCCCCCCCACACCCCACACCGGAAAAAGGGGGAAAAACCAUCCCGACCCCCGGGGCGGAAAAGACCACUACACAUACCUGACCGGGGCUGAGGCAGCUCUCAGACGGACACACUACAAACCCCCUCCCGGGGGCGGGGCCCCGGGGCCCCUACAACAAACCCCGGGGGGAGCCCAAGCCAAAACAAAAACCCGGCACAAUUUAAAAAAAACACGGGGACUUUAAAAAAUUUAAAUAAAAAAAAUGGGGAAAUUUUUUUGGGGAAAUCGAAGUUUUUCCUAAGGGGGGGGUUAAAACCCCGCCCCCUUUUGGGUUUUCCCAGUUUUAAACCCUCUAGGCACCUCCCUGAGAUUAAGGGAUAUUGACAAAUUUGUUUUCCUCCAAGGGAGUGGGUUGGGGAAAGCGGGUGGGGCCCCAAAUACUUCAAGGCCCCAGGGAACGGGGGUGUCCUGUCACUUUCCAGACCAGCUGACCUCGGCCCCCCCAGGGUCAAGAAGUGGAGGGAGGAAGGAGGGAGGCUUUUGCUAACAUGGGAAAGGCUACAGGAGAAGGGGGAAUACGAUCAGGGGAAAAGGGCCCCAUGGGGAAGGUAACCCCUUUUUACCUCUUUCCCCAAAAAGCAAAACCCCCCAAGGGAAAGGGGGGGGGGAAAAAAAAAAAAAACCCCAAAAAAAAAAAAAAAAAAAAAAAAAAAAACCCCCCCCCCAAAAAAAAAAAAAAAACCCCCCCCCUCCCCCCCCCCUCCCCCCCCCCCCCCCCCUCCCCCCCCCCCCCCCCUCCCCCCCUCUCCCCCCCCCCCUCCCUCUUCCCCCCCCUUUUUCUUUCUAGGUAGUUGGGCGUGCCAGGGACAGUAUGAGGGUUUUUUUACCGUGAAGCAGGGCGGGCUGGAGCAGGAGGGGGGAGUUCUUUCCCCCGCCGGCGGGGGAGGGUUAUGGAGGGUGUCACCAGGGCAGAACACCCCUACAGGCUAAAACUACAAAAGGUUUCCCCCACUGGAAAGGUUCCCGAUGGCAAAGGAGGUGGGGGAGACCCUGUGUGGCUUUACAAAUAAAAACCCAAACUGUCUCUUCAAACAAUAUCAACUGCUUACUUUUAACUGUUUUCUUUGGGCUGUCGUCUGUCUGUCUUCGUUGUCUGUUCUCUGGCUCUGUUGUUGUCGUUUGUCUCUUGUGUCUCUUCUGUCUGGGUUUUCUGUCUGUCUGUCGUCUGUCUGCUGUUGUCUGUCUGUCUCUCUGGUCUCCUUUCUCUGUCUGUCUCUCUGUGUUCUCUGUGUCUCUGGUCAUGUGUGUCUGUCGUCUGUCUGUGUCUGCUCUAGCUGGAGACCAUAGGAUCGAGGGGCAGGCGGCCUACCGUGUGGGUCUGGCCUAUCAAUUUGUAGGAGACCAGGUACCUCUAAAUCAGUGGUUCCCAACUCCAGUCCUCCAGUAUCCCCAACAGCCCAACUCCAGUCCUUAGUAUCCCCAACAGCCCAACUCCAGUCCUCCAGUAUCCCCAACAGCCCAACUCCAGUCCUCCAGUAUCCCCAAAGCCCCAACUCCAGUCUCCAGUAUCCCCAACACCCCAACUCCAGUCCUCAGUACCCCAACACCCCAACUCCAGUCCUCCAGUAUCCCCCAACACCCCAACUCCAGUCCUCCAGUUACCCCAACAGCCCAACUCCAGUCCUCCAGUAUCCCCCCAGUAUUCCCCAACAGCCAACUUCCAGUCCUACAGUACCCCCAACAGCCAACUCCAGUCCUCCCAGUAUCCCCAACAGCCCAAUCCAGUCCUCCAGUACCCCACAGCACAACUCAAGUCCUCCAGUAUCCCCAACACACCAACUUGGUCCUCCAGUACCCCAACACAACUCUGGUCCUCCAGUACUGGAGGCGGGAGUGGGCCUGUUGGGGAUACUAGAGUACUGGAGUGUGCUGUUGGGUUACUGGGACUGGAGUGGUGUGGUUGGGGAUACUAGAGGACUGGAGUUGUGCUGUUGGGGUUACUGGAGGACUGGAGUUGUGCUGUUGGGGAUACUGGAGGACUGGAGUUGGGAACCACUGCUCUAAAUGAAUGUAAUGUUUUUGUUUUGUUACUUUAUCUUUUAAUCAUUAGAUCAUUAGAUGUUUGUUUUUACUAUUACCAGGAGGACCACUUUGGAAACAAGUGUUUUAAUUAGAAGUGCUAUCCUCUGGGAUCUGUCCUCUGGGAUCUGUCCUCUGGGAUCUAUCCUCUGGGAUCUGUCCUCUGGGAUCUAUCCUCUGGGAUCUGUCCUCUGGGAUCUAUCCUCUGGGAUCUGUCCUCUGGGAUCUGUCCUCUGGGAUCUAUCCUCUGGGAUCUGUCCUCUGGGAUCUGUCCUUUGGGAUCUGUCCUUUGGGAUCUAUCCUCUGGGAUCUGUCCUCUGGGAUCUGUCCUCUGGGAUCUGUCCUCUGGGAUCUGUCCUCUGGGAUCUGUCCUCUGGGAUCUAUCCUCUGGGAUCUAUCCUCUGGGAUCUGUCCUCUGGGAUCUGUCCUCUGGGAUCUGUCCUCUGGGAUCUAUCCUCUGGGAUCUGUCCUCUGGGAUCUGUCCUCUGGGAUCUGUCCUCUGGGAUCUAUCCUCUGGGAUCUGUCCUCUGGGAUCUGUCCUUUGGGAUCUGUCCUUUGGGAUCUAUCCUCUGGGAUCUGUCCUCUGGGAUCUGUCCUCUGGGAUCUGUCCUUUGGGAUCUGUCCUCUGGGAUCUGUCCUCUGGGAUCUGUCCUCUGGAAUCUGUCCUCUGGGAUCUGUCCUCUGGGAUCUAUCCUCUGGGAUCUAUCCUCUGGGAUCUGUCCUCUGGGAUCUGUCCUCUGGGAUCUGUCCUCUGGGAUCUAUCCUCUGGGAUCUGUCCUCUGGGAUCUGUCCUCUGGGAUCUGUCCUCUGGGAUCAAAUGCACAUCUGGUGUAUUAUUUUCCCUAAUAAAGUCUAAUCAUUUCAGGUGACAGCCAAGCGCUUCCUGAACAUGUACAUGGAGAUCUCUACAGCUCUGGGGGACGCAGGAGGACUGGGGAAGGCUUAUAAAGCCAUAGCCAAGUCACUGGAGAGGUAGAUGACUAGUGCUGAGCCAUUAACCAUUCGGUUUAUUCAAUCAACUAAUUAAUCAAUUGUCGGUUCAAUUGCUUUGAAUUCCAUUUUUUUGUGAGCCCAACCCGCCGUUUCUCUAGAGGGAAAUCAAAUCAUUCAGGAGAGAAAUCAAGUCAAGAACUAUGUGGGACGCUGGGCUGAAGGGAGUUGUAGUUUUCAGUAAGCAAAUAUUCAACCUAGUUCAGCGCAGAAACGUGGUAACUAACUACAAUGACCAUAAUCCAUUGCGUCAGUUUUUUUGGGGCUCAGACGGAUCAGAGAGGAAGAGGCGAAGCGAGAGGUUUCACUCUCUCCAAAAUCUGUCCAAAAUAAGCCCAAUGCGUUUCUAUGGGUUUAUUUUGGACCUAAGCUUGUCGCCUGCCUUCCCACCUUUGGGUCAACAACUCCCAUUGUUAGAGCGGAGACAUGAGCAUCUCAUCAUUAUAUACAGAUCUCUGGAAGGAUACACUUUUACGCCUGCUACGUUAGGUUAGAUACACACAGACCACAUACAGUGAGGGAAAAAAGUAUUUGAUCCCCUGCUGAUUUUGUACGUUUGCCCACUGACAAAGAAAUGAUCAGUCUAUAAUUUUAAUGGUAUGUUUAUUUGAACAGUGAGAGACAGAAUAACAACAAAAAAAUCCAGAAAAACGCAUGUCAAAAAUGUUAUAAAUUGAUUUGCAUUUUAAUGAGGGAAAUAAGUAUUUGACCCCCUCUCAGUCAGAAAGAUUUCUGGCUCCCAGGUGUCUUUUAUACAGGUAACGAGCUGAGAUUAGGAGCAUCACACAUUCGAAACCAAAAUCUAAAACUGUGAUUAUUUAUUAAUAAUCUAACCGAACCGACUUCAAAAAGCACUAAUCGCUCAGCACUAUUUUACACACACAUGGACACACAGACACACUGAAGGACAGACGGACACACACACUGAAGGACAGAUGGACACACACAGGGACACACAGACACUGAAGGACAGAUGGACACAGGGACACACAGACACACUGAAGGACAGAUGGACACACACAGGGACACGGGGGGCACACACACCUGACAUUUUGUGUCGUUGGAAGGUUCCUAUACAGUUCAUGUCAAUUGUGUGUGUGUGUGUGUGUGUGAUGUGUGUGUGUGUGUGUGUGUGUGUGUGUGUGUGUGCGUGCGUGUCCUAGUGAGGGGAAGCUGAGUGAGACGGUCCAGUAUCUGGAGAAGUUUGCAGAGGUUUCCCAGAGCAACAACCAAUACCUCAACCUAGAGGAAGCAUGCAUGUAUCUAGGAGUCAUCUUCAACUCUAGAGUAAGAUGGAGGGAGGGAGGGAGGGAGGGAGGGAGGGAGGGGGGGGGGAGGGAGGGAGGGAGGGAGGGAGGGGGGGGGGGAGGGAGGGGGGGAGGGAGGGAGGGAGGGAGGGAGGGAGGGGAGGGGGGGGGGGGGGAGGGAGGGAGGGAGGGGAGGGAGGGGGGGAGGGAGGGAGGGAGGGAGGGAGGGGGGGGAGGGAGGGGACUAAAUACAAAUGCAGAGAGAUGGAUUGACAUUUUACAAUUUCACAACAUGCAUUUAUUCCACUUUUCAAAUUAAGCAUCCUCUCUCUCUCUCUUUCUCUCUCUCUCUUUCUCUCUCUCUCUCUCUCUCUCUCUCUCUCCAGGGUCAGUACAAAAAAGGCUGUACGUACUUCGAGCGGGGGUACGAGAUCGCCUGUGACCUGGGGGAUGUCCCCCUGCUCCAGAGGGCUCAGGUAGGAGGGUCUUUCUAUAAAUAAUGGGCCAAUGUGUGACAUUGGGAUCAACAUCUCAAAAUGGUUUGUGACAAAAAUACAAAAGGAUUUUCAUGCAGUUCCAUAUGUGUACUUAAGAGGAAAUUGGGCCAUAACUCCACCUUUACAACAACAGGUCUAGGACUAUACAUCCUUUAAGCUGGGUUCAUACAGACGUUGGCAAGUCAAAUUCAAGGACUUUCAGGGACUUUUUCAAGCACUUAUUGGUAAUUUCCAAGGACCUCAAUGUUAUACAAUUAUAUAAUUUAUAAUGUAAUAUAAAAUAAUGUGUAAAAAGUGUCAAAAAAGUUACCACUUUAAGAAUAAUAUAUAUUUUUAGGACUUGCCAAUGCAUUGUAAAAUAUGUGAGAAUAAUGUGGACUAAAUAGAUUGGAUGCAUUUUUCUGUAGCCGACAUAGGAACACAUAAUACAUCCAUGAAUAGUGGUAGCAUUAAUCUCAGGCACACAUAAUACAUCCAUGAAUAGUGGUAGCAUUAAUCUCAGGCACACAUAAUACAUCCAUGAAUAGUGGUAGCAUUAAUCUCAGGCACACAUAAUACAUCCAUGAAUAGUGGUAGCAUUAAUCUCAGGCACACAUAAUACAUCCAUGAAUAGUGGUAGCAUUAAUCUCAGGCACACAUAAUACAUCCAUGAAUAGUGGUAGCAUUAAAUCUCCCCAUUUGAAUCUCACCAUCGCUGUUUUUCUAACGAGAAAGGGACCUUCUUCUUCUUCUUCGGUGGAGUUUAACGGCGGUUGGCAUCCAAUAUGUUGCAUUACCGCCCCCUACUGGACUAUUGUAUAAAUCCACUUUGUGAUACAAAAUGUCAAAAGGGCAAAGAAGCUAAAACAUGAAAGACUAAUAAAUGUUUUAUUACCAACGAACCCUACGCUCAUUAAAACCCACCACCUUAUUCCACUACUUUAACCCUAUCUGCUCCUGAACCAGGCCAACAGCCUGGGAGGAAGGGACACCACCCCUCAACACACCCUGUAACUCUUCUGCAGUUAAAUCUCGUACCCCCAAGUACUUCUCUGCAGCUGCCACCACAACCUCUAUUUUCUGGGAUUUACGUUCCAUCUCUGCGGUACAGUUGAUAACCAUUGCUAUGAAUGCUAAGAAGCCAACCUUAUUGAAACGCACAGCCCUCAUUGUUCGAUCCCUCUGUUCUGACACAGAUCUACUAUUCACAGGGAUCUUCUCAGAAUCCCUCACCCUUCACCCUUCACCCUUGACCCAUCCUCCUCUACUCUCUUCACUGCCUCAGCAUACGACACCUUCUGCACUACUCCGACUCUAGCCACCUCAACCUGUCUCUCUCGCACCUGACACCUCCGAACCCCAGCAACAUGUGCACCCCUACAGUUGACACACACAACUUUUUCCCCACCGAAACGACACAUUCCUCUAUCCCAUGGCCUCCUGCACACUUCCCACGUCUUGGAAUCUCCCUCCUACACACUGCUGCGACGUGACCAUAAACGUGACACCUAUAACACCGCAGUGGAUUCAGCACAAAAGCAUAACUCAUAUUAUCCUAACAUGCCUUUGUCAGGUAAAGACUCUGAAUCUGCGUCGCCCACCAAACGGCAGGCGUCACAAACACCAGGAAUCUUCAACUUCAAUUGCUCCACCUCCACACUUAACGCUACCCCAGAAAUCACUCCCUUCAAAUGGUGCCCUGUACCUAAGCGCAAAGCAAGAUACAGGUCUUUCCCAGAGUUGCGUCGCAAGGAAACACCCCCCCCCCAAAAAAUAAUCCACUUCGGGUUACCUUCACCGACUCAACAACCACCGUCUUUUCCACCCAACCUGAAACCACCCAUGGAUCAGCCAAAAGGCCUGGUUUCAUCCCUCUUCAAAAAUCUCACUCCCACUGGACCAAACAUAUCUUUAUCAUAACCACGUCCAUCAAUGCAAGACUUGUCCGAGCUCCUCACAACACCUUCUUCCAUUUCACCUCCACAACUCGAAGUGGCGUCGGGCUCACUCUGUUUUAACUAGACACCAAUCUUCCUCGACAUACCCUCUCCCUUGUUAUUGCUAGCUUCAACAGAUUCAAACCCAUCCUCUGCCUCUCUUACAUUUUACAUUUUAUUCAUUUAGCAGACGCUCUUAUCCAGAGCGACUUACAGGAGCAAUUAGGGUUAAGUGCCUUGCUCAAGGGCACAUCGACAGAUUUUUCACCUAGUCGGCUCGGGGAUUAGAACCAGCGACGUUUCGGUUACUGGCACAACGCUCUUAACCACUAAGCUACCUGCCGCCCCACGUGUCUUUUCAACUCCCUCUGUCUUUCCCUCUGUCUUUCCCUCUGUCUUUCCAAGCCAACAUCUAUUUUUUAGAGACAUGCUAAGACCUCAUGCAGAAAUCGAGAAAGUGACCAAAAACCAGGUUAAUUUUUUUAAAUGAUAGGAUUUGUAUGGAAAGCCAAGUUGAAGCCAGCAUUAGAUGUUGUCAUCUUCAUAAUAACCGCACGUGGUUUUACCUCAACAGAGUAGCAGAACACCCUUCAUUAGACGUUGUCAUCUUCAUAAUAACCGCACGUGGUUUUACCUCAACAGAGUAGCAGAACACCCUUCAUUAGACGUUGUCAUCUUCAUAAUAACCGCACGUGGUUUUACCUCAACAGAGUAGCAGAACACCCUUCAAUUGAAGCAGCGGGAAACAAUCGAAAGUGGACACAUCUCUCAUAAAAAACAGAUCAAAAAAUGAAAUCAUGGACAGGUAGAAGGGAGCAGGAGUACUUAGAAAUUGUCUACAAUAAUUACAAGGUCCAGAAAUGUCUGAUUUUCAAGGCAGUUUCCAGUACUUCAAUUUCUGAGCUCCAAAUUAAAAAUUGGCUACUUCAAGAUCUUUGUAUUAUUACACAAUUUCAGGUGUAACAUGGGAAACCAAAAUGUAUUUGUCAUGUUUGCUCUCCCGAGUGGCGCAGUGGUCUAAGGCGCUGCAUCACAGUGCUAGCUGUGCCACUAGAGAUCCUGGUUCGAAUCCAGGCUCUGUCGUAGCCGGCCGUGACCGGGAGACCCAUGGGGCGGCGCACAAUUGGCCCAGCGUCGUCCAGGGUAGGGGAGGGAAUGGCCGGCAGGGAUGUAGCUCAGUUGGUAGAGCAUGGCGUUUGCAACGCCAGGGUUGUGGGUUCGAUAAAAUAAUGUAUGCGCUAACUGUAAGUCGCUCUGGAUAAGAGCGUCUGCUAAAUGACUAAAAUUUAAUUUUAUUACCAGAUCAUAUUGUCAAGAAGCCCACUGAACUAUGUCAUGUGUUGCCAUUAUAUCCAGAAUGAUUCAUAGGAAGAGUUGGGUGUUUUUUUUGUUGUUGUCAUUUUUAGUAGACGCUCUUAUCCAGAGCGACUUACAGUUAGUGAGUGCAUACAUUUUCCGUACUGCCCCCCCGUGGGAAUCGAACCCUGGCGUUGCAAACUGUCAGUGUUUGAAGUGGAUGUGAUGUUGGAGUCAGGCGCAGGACACAGAAGCUUAGUCCAACAGGCUUUACUAGUCAGAAAUAUGACAAUACAAAAGAACGGGCCUCAAGCAACGGAGGCGAGCGAUACGCGAACAGUGCGUAAAACACGAAAUAUAAGCGAUACGCAAACAGUGCGUAAAACACGAAAUAUAAGCGAUGCGCAAACAGUGCGUCAAUACACUUAAAUACACCAGAGCAAAAUCCAAAACCCCAACGGACAGGCGAACAACAACACACAACUACAAACAAAACCAAAGGAAACUUAUAGGUGACAUAAUCAAUAAGUGAUAAGACACAGGUGCACCAAACAGACAAAACCAAACAAACAUAGUGGUCCUCUGUAGCUCAGCCGGUAGAGCACGGCGCUUGUAACGCCAGGGUAGUGGGUUCGAUCCCCGGGACCACCCCAUACACAAAAAAAAUGUAUGCGCACAUGACUGUAAGUCGCUUUGGAUAAAAGCGUCUGCUAAAUGGCAUAUUAUUAUUAUUAUUAUUAUUAUAGAGAACAUCAAACGGUAGCAGCUAGUACUCCGGGGACGACGAACGCCGAAGCCUGCCCGAACAAGGAGGAGGAGCAGCCUCAGCUGAAUUCGUGACACAAACGCCAUGCUCUACCAACUGAGCUACAGGGUGUUGCGCAAUUAUCUAUCCUACACAAUUGCGCACCAGUACACUCGGGGUCACAAAAACAUAAUGAAAAACAUGAACUCAUUACCUCGAUGCUGUUAAAUCAGACAACAACAGAUGAUCAACAUCAAUUUUGGAUAUUAGAUCCAACGUGGAUCCAGGAACAGCUGUCUUCACCUGCGUAACAAAAGAGACAGCAAGAUAUUCUGGACAUUCCUCGCAAACACCUUCACAUGCCUUAUCACAACAGCUGUUGUUGCAUCGCAUGCCUUAUCACAACAGCUGUUGUUGCAUCGCAUGCCUUAUCGCAACAGCUGUUGUUGCAUCGCAUGCCUUAUCACAACAGCUGUUGUUGCAUCGCAUGCCUUAUCACAACAGCUGUUGUUGCAUCGCAUGCCUUAUCACAACAGCUGUUGUUGCAUCGCAUGCCUUAUCACAACAGCUGUUGUUGCAUCGCAUGCCUUAUCACAACAGCUGUUCCUCACUUGACUGUCGUUCAGAAAAUUCCUUCCUGGAUCAGAUGAUGAUCUGUGAAAAUAUCACCCGUAAUUAAACAGCUCGACAACCAAAUGCGCAUCCAAUGAGUAUUAUGCAUAAUUAUUGAAGAACCACGUUAGUGACAGUAUCGAUCUAGGUUUUAAGUAUCAAGGUAAGGUGCCUUUCAGUUAGAAGCAUUCGAUUUUGCAAUCGCAUACAUUUUGGUGGGAUUUGUGUGCCCAUGAAAACUUUUCACCACGUAACAUAAGGAGACACGACAGUUACACGUAGUUACACUGUAUUUCUGAGAUCUCUACAAAAAAACGGAACUACAUUUUAUUUGUAUUUCUUAUUGACACAUACACUGGAUAGGUGCAGUGAAAUGUGUUAUUUUACAGGAUUCUUACCGGGUUCAAGUUGAAUGUCUAAUUUAACUGAUUAAUGCUUAAUAUAUGAUAUAAUGACAACCUACAAUGCCAUACAUGCAGGGACAGAAAAGUAAUGUUUUAUUUCACACGAUUUUGGACAAAUCCGUCAAGACAGCAACCAUGAGAAAGGGUUAAACAUACUGUAGGUUUUAAAUCAACUCGUGAUUUUUAUUGAGUGCCUUGCCUUCAGAAAGUAUUCACACCCCUUAAACUUUUUCCACAUUUUGUUGUGUUACAGCCUGAAUUUAAAAUCGAUUAAAUUGAGCUUUUGUAUCAUUGGCCAGGAGAAGUUGUCUGGUUCCCAGCGGGCGAUACGGGUUCGAGUCCUGCUGCAGCGAUCCGGGAAGUCCGAUCUCAAUAUACAAAAAGCUUUAUUACAAGCAUGCAUGCAAGGGGAAAACGAAUUCGACUCGCUCUUUGUUCUCACAGACAUUUAUACAGACCCAGGAUGGGUGGGGUUGUUUCACAUGCCCUUGGAAUGAGUCCGGUACUUCUGCCCAUCACCACAGAUAGUAGGCCCAGAGAAAGACGGAUCAUACCAGGGACAUGUCCACUCCCCCACACAUCCUGGGAUAACAGGAACCAUUAAAGAUCGUUUCACAGAAAGAUAGAGCAGGGCAGUUUAGAAACAUGUUAUAAAACGGACUGGUUAUAUUACAAAAGGGCAACUUGAAACAGAGCAACCUUACAGACAACAGGAUGCUCCUUCUUCAGGUCGUAUAAAGAUAACAGGUGAUUCUAACAUGUAUUGACUGAGGGGUGUGAAUACUUACGUAAAUUAUAUAUUUUCUUUAUUUCAUUUUCAAUACAUUUGCAAACAUUUCUAAAACCAUGUUUUCACUUUGUCAUUAUGGGGUAUUUGUGUGUAGAUGGGUGUGAGGAGGAAAAAAACUCAAUUUAAUCCAUUUUGAAUUCAGGCUGUAACACAAUAAAAUGUGGAUAAGUCAAAGGGUGUGAAUACAUUCUGAAGGGACUGUAGCUAUGUUACCCUCGAAUAUCUUAAUGUAAUGACAUGAAAAAAAUUGACAUAUUAUUAUCAAUGACUUAUCAACGACAGCUGUAACAAGUUGUCCCUCGCUGGUUCCCUCGUUUCUAGAAAGAUCCAUGGACAUUAUGGAUGUGUCCCAAAUGGCACCCUAGUCCUUCUGAUAUAGUGGACUACUGUGACCAGGGCUGAUGGGGGACACAGACUAUGACCAGGGCUGAUGGGGGACACAGCCUAUGUGACCAGGGCUGAUGGGGGAGACAGCCUAUGUGACCAGGGCUGAUAGGGGAGACAGCCUACUUUGACCAGGGCUGAUGGGGGACACAGCCUACUUUGACCAGGGCUGAUGGGGGAGACAGCCUACUUUGACCAGGGCUGAUGGGGGAGACAGCCUAUGUGACCAGGGCUGAUGGGGGAGACAGCCUAUGUGACCAGGGCUGAUAGGGGAGACAGCCUACAGUGAGGGAAAAAAGUACUUGAUCCCCUGCUGAUUUUGUACGUUUGCCCACUGACAAAGAAAUGAUCAGUCUAUAAUUUUAAUGGUAGGUUUAUUUGAACAGUGAGAGACAGAAUAACAACAACAAAAAUCCAGAAAAACGCAUGUCAAAAAUGUUAUAAAUUGAUUUGCAUUUUAAUGAGGGAAAUAAGUAUUUGACCCCCUCUCAAUCAGAAAGAUUUCUGGCUCCCAGGUGUAUUUUAUACAGGUAACGAGCUGAGAUUAGGAGCACACUCUUAAAGGGAGUGCUCCUAAUCUCAGUUUGUUACCUGUAUAAAAGACACCUGUCCACAGAAGCAAUCAAUCAGAUUCCAAACUCUCCACCAUGGCCAAGACCAUAGAGCUCUCCAAGGAUGUCAGGGACAAGAUCGUAGACCUACACAAGGCUGGAAUGGGCUACAAGACCAUCGCCAAGCAGCUUGGUGAGAAGGUGACAACAGUUGGUGCGAUUAUUCGCAAAUGGAAGAAACACAAAAGAACUGUCAAUCUCCCUCGGCCUGGGGCUCCAUGCAAGAUCUCACCUCGUGGAGUUGCAAUGAUCAUGAGAACGGUGAGGAAUCAGCCCAGAACUACACGGGAGGAUCUUGUCAAUGAUCUCAAGGCAGCUGGGACCAUAGUCACCAAGAAAACAAUUGGUAACACACUACGCCGUGAAGGACUGAAAACCUGCAGCGCCCGCAAGGUCCCCCUGCUCAAGAAAACACAUAUACAGGGACGUCUGAAGUUUGCCAAUGAACAUCUGAAUGAUUCAGAGGAGAACUGGGUGAAAGUGUUGUGGUCAGAUGAGACCAAAAUCGAGCUCUUUGGAAUCAACUCAACUCGCCGUGUUUGGAGGAGGAGGAAUGCUGCCUAUGACCCCAAGAACACCAUCCCCACCGUCAAACAUGGAGGUGGAAACAUUAUGCUUUGGGGGUGUUUUUCUGCUAAGGGGACAGGACAACUUCACCGCAUCAAAGGGACGAUGGACGGGGCCAUGUACCGUCAAAUCUUGGGUGAGAACCUCCUUCCCUCAGCCAGGUCUACAAGAACUGUCUGACCUCUGAUUGCCAACAAGGGUUUUGCCACCAAGUACUAAGUCUUGUUUUGCAGAGGGGUCAAAUACUUAUUUCCCUCAUUAAAAUGCAAAUCAAUUUAUAACAUUUUUGACAUGCGUUUUUCUGGAUUUUUUUGUUGUUAUUCUGUCUCUCACUGUUCAAAUAAACCUACCAUUAAAAUUAUAGACUGAUCAUUUCUUUGUCAGUGGACAAACGUACAAAAUCAGCAGGGGAUCAAAUACUUUCUUCCCUCACUGUAUGUGACCAGGGCUGAUAGGGGACACAGCCUAUGUGACCAGGGCUGAUAGGGGACACAGCCUAUGUGACCAGGGCUGAUAGGGGACACAGCCUAUGUGACCAGGGCUGAUAGGGGACACAGCCUAUGUGACCAGGGCUGAUAGGGGACACAGCCUAUGUGACCAGGGCUGAUAGGGGACACAGCCUAUGUGUAAAUUCUUCUGUCUGUAUAUUCUGUUUAUUGUUUUCGACACCAUGUCACCAUGGUUACAUGGAAACGUACUUGGUGAGUAAAGCCGAUUCCGGUCACCCGUCUGGGCCUGGUUCCUCUCUAGGUUUCUUCCUAGGUUUCCUGCCUUCUAGGGAGUUGUUACUAGCCACUGUGCCUCUGCCAGCCUCUGCAAUGCUGGCUCUUUGGGGGUUUCGGCUGGGAAAACUGCUGAUGUAAAAAGGUAAAUUUUAUAAAAUAAUAAUGUUUGAUUGUGAUUGUCAGGUGUUUGUGGGUAGUGCCCGGGCCCACAGCAUGAUCAGGAACUACAGUCGUUACGUAGAGACGGCGUCACACGGUGACCUGCUACACCUGACAGGCUGGAAGGAGAGCAGGGAGGACGUCUUUACUGACGCAACAGCCCCCGCCGGAGCAGGUGAGAGCAGGGAGGACGUCUUUACUGACGCAACAGCCCCCGCCGGAGCA